GAGUGAAUUCUCAAUCAAGGAUAAAAUGUUUUUAAUUGUAAAUCGAUUCUAGUAGUGAUUAUAAUUUGUCUUUCAUCUCGUUCAUGCCACUCGUCAACUCUAAUUAUUGAGCGCAAUUAUAAAUCUAAACUUUCAGAAAUAUUAUACAAUUAAAUCCCUAUUUGUGUAUCCUGUAAACGCCUUUAUUUUCGGAACUGCGACUUUAUAUUGUCUACUGGUCUGGCGUUUUUCAGAUAAUUAACAACAUGGAGAAGGGUGGAAAUCCGCCUCCUUACGUUUGGAGCAAUGGUCAUUCUUUGCAGCCUCCACCAGCCGCGCCUCCAAGUUACUCGCAAGCUGUUGGUGGUGUAGGACCUUCUAGUCCUUACACUCCUCAAUAUCCAGCAACAGCAGGUCCUCAGAUAGUUACAACUGUGGUUCCAGUAGGACCACAUCCCACUCAUAUGAUUUGUCCAAGCUGCCAUGCUGAAAUUGACACAGCUACCCAAACAAAACCUGGUCUUAUUGCUUACAUUUCUGGAGCCAUCAUAUUUUUGGUGGGAUGUUUCUGCGGAUGUUGCCUUAUCCCCUGCUGCAUUGAUAGCUGUAUGGACGUACACCACAAGUGUCCUCAUUGCAAUGCUUAUCUUGGUCGUUAUAGACGAUAAAUUGCUAAGAUGUAAUUGUCAAAUUGCAAAUGGAUAACACUUCUUCAUAUGUUGAAGGAACGAAACUGGUACUAAGAUUUAGAAUAGCGUAAUGGGACUAAUAAAUGGAGGAUAAUUUUUUUACUUAAUCAUUUAGUUGUUAAGUUAUUUCAUUAUUAAUAUAACAAAAAAACUACAUAAAAUUUAUUAAUAUACAAUUCUCAUUGUUUCGGUAUUCGUAAUUGUAUGAAUUUCAUGUAGGCACAUUAGAUCUGUAGUAAACACUUGAAUAACCUCAUUACUUUACAUUGUAAUUUAUAUUUGUGAUAAUAUAUAUCUGACACUUUCAUAAUCAACAAACCAUUAUUUAUUUUGCAUGGAACAUUAUUUAUUGUAUUGUGCAAUGUGUGCUUUAAUUUAACAUAAGUGUAAAUAGAAUCGAACAUUAUUAUUAUACAGAUGCAGCUUUUACAUAUUUCAGUAGUGAUAUAAACAAUGUUACCACUUUCAUAUCUUCUAGAAAUAUUGUUUUAUUUUAUUAUUACUGUGAUAUUGGUGUCAACUCUGGUGUUUCCUACCACUGAAUAUGAUAAUAAAUAGAGACAAAAUGAACAGGUAGACUCUAUACUCGUUUUUGUUCUGACACCAGAAUCGGCACUUGAUUUUAAAACUGCCGUUUAUAUUUAAAUUAACAUCGAAACAAUUGUCACAUUAAAAAUGGGUUUUAUUUAAUAAAAAAUAAAAUAGUCGUUUGCCAAACUAGUAUUUGUAAUAAUAACUAGACAGCUGUUUAAAAAUGUUAGUGACAAUAAAUGUAUUUAUCCUAAUUAUUAGAUGACUAAUGAACUUGUACUGACUUCAUUUUAAUGUUAUACCUUCUAUAUCAUUGUUAUAUUUUCUGGUUGUGUAAUUUUAGUAUGACUGUGUGUAUUAAAAAUAAUUUAUUUUCGCUUUUUAUAUGUGAAAAUACGUCGCUGGAACAUGUUUCUUAUUUAAUCUAUAUUAGAUAAACGGGUUUAUACAAUUUUUUUUAUUACAAUUUUAUUUAUAUAAGCAUAAAUUAUUUUCCAUUCAAUGAAAGCACUGCCUUUUGAUAUGAAGAAACAAUAUCAGUUUAUAUCCAUUCUAUGAAAUUAAAUCUUUUGAAGUAUUAAAGUAACACAAUCUAAUUAUAUGAUUGACAAUUACAAACUGGAUGAGACAAUGUGUUAGUAUAUAAAUUGUGUUAGUUAUAUAAGUAAAAAUCAAGUUGUUAUCGGUGUAAAUUUUUUACAAUUGAUUUAAAACUUUGUUUAAUUGUUGGAAAUUGACAUUUUCUAGUAACUUAAUAUACUUAUCUAUGUAGUAUUCAGCGACAUCAAGGUCAGUCCAUUUCUGACGGAAAAUGCGUGGCGUGUCGUCUGUAACGGAACCUUAAAACUGGCAAUUUAUAAUAUUACUGACGUAACAUUGACCUUACAGAAAAUCGAAGAGUAUACUCGAAGAGGCCACUCUGCUUGGCGAUCGUGGACAUAAGAAAGCCUUUCAUUCGAGAGACGGUAAUGCAGUCUCUAUCGCGGUGACGCAGACUUUACACACUCGACACCGUAUUAACGUACACUUCCCUGAGACGCUUUACAGAUCUUCCGUCAGAAUUGUACCGACUCUCAAUGUUACUCAUUCGAUGUUUAUUAUGUCUAUGUAAUUUAUACGUUCAUAUGUAGAGCAUAAGUAAUACAGAUCUGCAGUGGUAUUCUGUAAAAAUACAGCGUUGAACACACUUGUAUGCUAUUACAGACUUAGAGCUUAAAUCAAAUAAAACAUACUUCAAAAGGUAAUAAGAUUUUAUUGAAUUAAAUCUCUAAUGCAGAAUACCAAAGCUGUAAAUCCGGCUAUAUUUUUAAAUAUACCCGGUUUAAUGCGGUUUCGGUUUCUUGUUUUUUACCGUCCUUUGGUAGAAAAGUAGCAUUGGGUCAAGUAAGCUGAGCAUAGAUAGCAUGUCGAAUUUGAUGAAUGCUAAAAUUAUAAAUAUGUUUAUGUAUAUUUUUAAUGGAAUAUUUUUAUAUUAUCUGUGUGCGAAGUCGCUCCUUUAUUUAAUCAUGUAAAUCACGUGAAUAGCAUUUAAUUCUUAUACAUAACAAACAAAUUUCUUGUGUUAAAUCAACAUUAAAUAAGUUCCCUUCUGUCUGAAGAGGCAAGAAAGAUUUAAAUACGUCAAAGAAAGCAAAGUAUGCACUACUAUUAGAAAAUUUUCACUUUGCAUUCGUCUAUACGUGUUAUCAUUUAAAAAAAUCUGCAGUGUGUGUAGCGUAAUAGGCAAUAGGGGUUCAAGGAACUGUUUUUGUUCUCACUGGUAAUCAAAAAGCCUGUUUAUGUUACGUCACGUCCGAAAAUUAUUAAAUUAUUUCUAAUUAUAUUUUAAUAAUGUUUAUGGAUCCAAAUUCCUUUAGUAUCCUUGUCAUAAGUUCUGACUGUAUUAAAUACAUAUUUAUAAUUGUUAUAUUCUAUCACAGGAUCUCCGUCAGUUUAUAAUUCUCAAAUAUAAUCUUAGGUAAUAAAUAACACAUAGGUAGGUACUUAUUUAAAUUCAGCUCUAUACUUUUAAAAUGUAAAAAAUCUAUUAGAUUAGAGCAUGAUUUCAUGAAAAUAGUUUGAAAGUUUCGAUCUGCAUGAUGAAAAAUCUUUCCGAUUUGCAGGAACGCUUUGUAAUAUUGAUAUAUUGGGAAACAGGGGAAUUAGCACAAUUUAUAUUUAAAAGUAAAAUUAAUUUGCACACUAACAAGGGAAGGUUUCUCAUUGGUCUAUUUUUCGAUUUAAUCCCCUAGUAGGCACUGACUCUAAAGACAUGCUCUAAUCAAUAGAUCAGCCCUGCGAUUCUGUAAAAAUUCAGACCCGAAUUCGAAUUCACUCAUGUAUCCGAAUUCACGUAAUUUAGUGUAGAAAUUCUAUUGAUUCCAUUUUUCAUAUAAAAAUAGAAAAAAUUGAUUGAAUAUACGUGUCUCAGACAUUAUAUUCCUAUGUUAUUUCGAAACUCACUUCACUUAUGCCACGAAACGUUAUUACCAAUUAUUCAAAGUUGAGCGGAUGGUGUUUUUUGAAGUGAAUUCGGACACCUGAGGGAGUUCGAAUUCGGGUUUGAAUUAUUACAGAAUCGCAGAGCAGUAGUUGUAUUUUCAGUCAUUCUUCUAACGGCAAUAAAGCUAUUUAUUUACUAAUUACCUAAUUGGUUGUAAAGUGAAUGUCAAGUCAAAUCAUGUGUAUUCACUUAAAUUUAUAUACAUGUGAUUCUGUUUCUGAUACUUAUACGAUUUUACAGUUUUUAAUUAAACUAUUUGUGU